GGUUUGAAUGGAAGGAUUGCACAAAGUGCACAUUAAAAUCGGAAUAGUCACACAAGCGUAACCGAAAGGAGUCACUUGGGUACUAUAUUCGCUCCUAACACAACGUCCGAGAACAAAGUACCGUAGACGCAUUUUCGAACCGGAUUAUAUCAAGUCGGUGGAAUUGAAUACAAAAUGCUGAGGACAAAGAGCACAGCAGCCGCGGUGACGCUGGUAACACUCAUCUUUCUCCGCUCAAAUGCCGUCACAGGGAUUUAUCCCACUGCACAGACCGUCACCUGGAAAUCCACAAACUUUAAAACCAUUUUGACCUGGGAACCGAUACCGACUGACUACUCCUACACUGUGGAGUUCUCUCCAGUUGCCAGGGACAAACAGAGGAACUCUAAUUGCAUACGUAUCUCAACAACUAUGUGUGAUCUGACCAGUUCACUGGCUGACUUAAAUUCCUGCUAUGUAGCUGAUGUCCUGUCUGAACCCCCGCUGGGAGUAACCUCUGACCUCACUGAGUUCCCACACACAAGCUCCUCCCGAUUCUGCCCUGCCAAUGAAACUGAUAUCGGAAGACCGGAUUUCAAGCUGGAGGUGAGCGACAACAAAAAGACGACGACACUGUAUGUGACUGACCCACUCACUGCCUUGUUUCGAGAUGGCCGCCAGCUGACCAUCAGAGACAUUUUCUCAGAUAAACUGCACUAUAAAGUAACAUACCGUAAAAAUAAGAGCUCCGGCAAGAAAGUUUUCAUCUCGCCGACUGGUGUGAUCGAGCUGUCUGCUCUGGAUCAGGGAGAAAGCUACUGUUUUAAUGUUCAGGCCUUCAUUCCAAGCCGCAGCAUCGAUAAACAACUGGGAGAGUUGAGCCAAACUCAGUGCUCUGAUGACGACGAACAAUCCUUCUUUGAAGUGUAUUCAGUGGGCGUGAUUGUCACUGUCAUCCUCCUCAUCUUGCUACUGAUCAUCAUAACUGUUGUAAUAAUAGUGUGCUGCAGGCGCAAGAAAAGUGCCCUCAAAAUGGAAAAAGAAGGAGUUCCACUCCAGAGUAUAUAAAGGGUUCGCAUCA